CAAAGAUCCUUCUCGCGCGUUUAUUCCUCCACCCUCUCUCUCUUUCUUCUCCUCCACUGAACGGAGCACACAUCAUCCAUCAUCCUCAGACUAAGACAAGAUCGCACUUUUAAACAGAAAUCUCACCUGAAUAUUCGGAAAGGGAUCGGCGAUGUUCCUGCAUCUACUGCUGCGUGCCAUCUGUCUCUUUGUCCUGUCAUCUUCUACCGUCCUCAGUCCUGCCGCAGAUGAGACCACACUACAAGUGACCAUUCCUGAUACCUCUCCUGUGUCUGCCAUUCUGGGGGGCUCCCUGAUUCUGCCCUGCCUGGUGUCUCUGUCCCAGCCUCCCUCUCUGGGACGGCAUGUGGUACUUACCCAACCACGAGUCAAAUGGAGCUUUCUUUCAUCAAACAGAGAAACAGAGAUCCUAGUGGCCCGUGGGGAGCGGGUAAAGGUGAGUGAGUUGUAUAAAGGCAGAGCGUCACUUCUGAACUAUGCUGCCUCCUCAGCUGAUCUCACCCUCAGACUGGAUGACCUGAUACACAACGAUACAGGCUUCUACCGCUGUGAGGUCCAGCACGGCUUGGAGGACGCACAUGACCAGGCCCAGGUCAAAGUAAAAGGUGUCGUCUUCCUCUACCGCCAUACCUCCAGUCGCUAUGCCUUCACUUUUAAUGAAGCCAAAGAUGCAUGUGAGGACAUUGGAGCUCAGAUUGCUUCUCCAGAGCAGCUGCUGGCUGCCUACCACAGUGGCUAUGAGCAGUGUGAUGCUGGCUGGCUUUCAGAUCGCUCUGUAAGAUACCCAAUCCAGAUGCCUCGUCAAGGCUGUUUUGGAGACAUGGAUGGAUUACCGGGGGUUAGAAACUAUGGCGUGAUGGAUACUGAUGAGCUGUAUGACGUGUAUUGCUAUGUGGAAAACAUUCAUGGGGAGGUUUUCCAUGGGUCCACGCCACAGCACUUCAGCCUGUCAGAAGCUAAAGAAUAUUGUGAGCAGCAGGGAGCUCAGCUAGCCACCACAGGCCAGCUAUACGCUGCAUGGAAUGAUGGUCUGAACCAUUGCAGUCCAGGCUGGCUAGCUGAUGGAAGUGUUCGCUACCCCAUUGUGACCCCUCGUGAGCGUUGUGGAGGCUCUGAACCUGGCGUCAAGACAAUCUAUCGUUUCAGCAAUCAGACAGGCUUCCCUGAGCCACACACUCUCCAUGAUGCUUACUGCUUCAGAGCUAACAGCAACUCUCAAACAGUCUCACCUAUAGAUUAUAUGGCAACAGAGCCAGAAGACAUCGAGCAGCAUAUUGUAACUUUAGCCAAACCCCAGGAGGAGUACAGUGUGGAUCUGGUCACUUGGCAGUCAGAAAAUGAAGCUCAGGGUGCUGUUGAGUCCUUUUCCAUUUACAGCAAACAGACUACUUCAAAACCAGAAGAACACAAUCAGACCUCAAACCCUCAAGAUGAUGUCACUGCUAGCACCAAUAGUGACUUCACCACCCCAGCGAGCACAAACAGAGAACUUGAAUCUACUCAGGUGACCUGGCCAAAAAAGUUGAGCUAUAACAUCAGUGCUGAGUUUAUUUCAGAGAUUUACAUGGAGCCAAAUCAAAACCAUUCCUUGUCAGAGGGAGAACCAGAAGUAUUGCAAGCUUCAACAAGUAAGGAUGUGAUGAGCAGCAAUCAUAAGCACUACCAACCCAUGCCAGACACCAACUUGGAGCCAGAAGAGCCUAUUGACUACAUACCACCUACUGAGGAUCACCCUGAAGAAACAGAGGAACCAUCUUCUGAAUUAGAGGAGAUAGAUGGGUCCAAACAUUUCCAUCCCAUGCCUGAAACCAACAUGGAGGAUGAAGAUGAAGAUCAUACGCAUAGUGAGAACUCCAUGACCACCGAAGGUACUACAUUAGAGUAUGAUCCAAGCAAUGAGACUCAGGAAGCUCCAGUCCAGCCAGGUCCCUCAACAUACCUUCCUGAGGGUAAGAGUAUUGCAGAGAAUAUUACAGAAACUCCAAACCCAGAUGAUGACCUGGGUCUAUAUCACACAACUCAGUCCACCUUAGUUAGCACAUCCAGCACUGCAUCUUUAGAGGGUUCAGGUGAAGAUUUGACCCUUUCGUUUACAAUAGAGACAGAACGUCUGGUUACCAUGGAUAAAUCGGAGACAUAUGGAACAUCUACAUCUGAGACUACCACAGAAACCUUCUCAUUAACAGAUCUGAAUGAAACUAGUCUGAGUUUUGAAUCCAGAUUUGAAGACUUUGGUGUUCAGAACACUUCUGAAGGCCAUCAUGAUGCAGUACCGACCUCAGCUAAGACUGUUCCUGUAUCUCUUGAUGCAGCUGAUCAUGUCAUUGAUCACAUGAGCACAACACUUAGCAGCGUGAAGGAAACGGAAUCAUCUGAAGGCUCCAGUGAUCAUGAUGUUGUCCUACCCACAACACUGCUGACCACCCCUAUGCCUCACCUGUUGGGUGCACCAUCCACACGUCAGCCUCUAAAGGUAGAAAUUACUUCUCCACAAGAGAUAGAAAGAUUCUUCCCUGAAAGUAGCACCCCAUCUGGCCUUGACAUUGUAGAGGAAGGGCUGGAGAAGGUGGAGCAGGAAGGGCUUGGAGAAGAGCCUAAUCACCUUUAUACCACAUCCACCCAGCUUAAUAACUCCACUGUAACUUUUGGCUUGGAUGGCAGUCAUGAGGAUGGGGCCUCAGGAGAAGGAGAGCUGUCAAGAAACUGGUCUUCAGUUACUAAGCACCCAUACGCAAAUAUGGCCACCAUCACACCCUCCAGCUUGACAGAUAUGCAAGAAAAUGAUCAUGAUAAUUAUCAAGCCAGUACAGUGGAGCCUCCUACAGGCCUGGAGGUCACAUUGUUGCCUGAUGUGACCAAGACACCCAGCUGGCAGACUGUGGCUUCUCCUACAAAGCCGGUGGAGUUCCGGGCUGAUGUGGAAUUCAGUGGGGACACUCCACUUACUACAGAUAACAUCAAAACCUUUGGUGAAUCUGAUUCUGCUAAUUCCCCCACCACUGAGCAGCCAGACCAAGCUCAAAAGCCAUCCUCCACAUCAGCUGACAAUGAGAAGGAUGAAGAUUAUGACCAUAUUAUUAAAGAAGACAGAGACAAUAUGGAAGAUAAUUUUGAAGCAAAAACCCCAUCUGAGCCUGCCACUAUACAUCCCAGACCAACACAGAGAGUGUUGGUUAGGACAGGCAACAUUAUAGAUGCAUGUAUGGAGAACCCUUGUGAAAAUGGAGGCACCUGUGUGGACAGUGGGACUGGUCCUAAGUGUCUCUGUCUACCUACCUAUGGUGGAGACUUCUGCCAGACCGAUCUGGAGCACUGUGAACCAGGCUGGCAAAAGUUCCAAGGCUUCUGUUACAAACAUUUCACCAAACGGCAGAAAUGGGAGGUGGCAGAGCAGCACUGUCGCAUGUGUGGUGGGCAUUUGGUCUCUGUUAUGUCACCCGAAGAACAGGAGUUCAUCAAUGAUAAAUACAGGGAAUAUCAAUGGACUGGUCUCAAUGACAAGACCAUUGAAGGAGAUUUCUGUUGGUCAGAUGGGAGCCCACUGCUAUAUGAGAACUGGUAUCGUGGACAACCAGACAGCUACUUCCUGUCAGGGGAGGAUUGUGUUGUCAUGGUAUGGUACGAUGAUGGGCGUUGGAGUGAUAUCCCUUGUAACUACCAGCUCUCCUAUACCUGCAAGAAGGGCAUUGCAGCGUUCUGUGGCCAGCCCCCUCGUGUGCUCCACGCUAAGAUGUUUGGACGGCGGCAACUGAAGUACAGGGAGGAUUCUCAGGUGCGCUACUAUUGUGAAUCAGGGUUCAUCCAGAGACAGAACCCUGUCAUCACUUGUCAGAGCAACGGACAGUGGGAGGAGCCUCAGAUCACCUGUACACCAGGUCUAUGGGACGCUCUGGGGGAAUGGCCAUUUUAGACAGACUACUACUAUUGGUUUUAGAGAUAGAUAUUAUUUUUUAGAAACAUUUUUUUUUUCUGAUGGCCUGAAACAGGAAUGUAUUUCAUUACUGUAGAAACAUCAAAUGAAUUAUAUUCCAAGCAAUCAGAGCACACAUGAUAAAAAAGCUUAAAUAUGCUUAGGUAUCGUCUUGCAGUCACAUGUAAUUUAAGUAAGUUUAGAAAACUAAUUUGGAUGAAUCAAAAAUAAAAUAAAAACAUCUGAACACUUGUGUUUUCUUGAUUAUAAAGAAUUAGAUUAACACAUCUGUGGUUAACAUUCUAACUAACAUCACUAGUGAUGUCAUUUAGAUUUGUGAAGCACUUCAUUUUGAAAACAGUAUUUUAUGGGAAUUGUUUAUUUUACUUGAUUGCUUUUUGUCAUACAGUAGUUUAGAAACACUGCAUGUGUGUGUAAUUUAUAAGUGAUACAAAGGACUGUAAAACAGAAAUUGUAUAUAUUUAAAUCCACAUUGGGUAUUGUCAUUGGUUAUUUUAUUCUAAUUUCUUUCAAAUUUACUAUUUUAUUUUUUCACAGUGCUGAAAUAAACAAAUUAAAAAUACUACCAAAAUAAUAACAAAAUUAAUAAAGUUCCCCCCUCUCUUAAAAAGUAUUUUAUUUGUUUUCAGAUGAAUUAUGGAAUCUACAAAGUGACUAAAGUAACAACUGACAAUCUUGUUUAUUAUGUACACAAUGCUGUAGGCUUUAUAAAGUAUGUGUGUGUAUAUUUCUUGCAAUAAUACAGACAUUUUAAACUAAGAGAAAUAUAGCAGAAACUAGCAGAAAUAUCCUAUGAAUUUUGUUAUAAAUACAAUGACUGAAUAAUUGUUAGACUUGGUGUAUACUGUUACUGCUGCUAGUAGUUUAUAUGCUGUAAAAAGUAAUCUCAGACAAUAUAUUUUACUAGAACACCACAGCCACUGAAGUGUGAUAAACACUACCACUAAAUAUUUAGCGCCUGUUGCUUUUGUUCUUGUGAACAAAACUGCAAUACUGCAUAUGUAAAUAAUAAAUUCGGCAUUGAAGAUGAGUUAGCAUUUUGAAGUGAAAAUGGAACUGGCAGUUAUUUUAGCAGGAGUUUAAGUGGAGUUUCUGUCAUUUCUUU